GCCGAGCCGCCCGAGCCAACCGCGGCCGCCCCCCUGCCGCCGGCUGCCCCCGCGCCGCGGGUUCCGCCGCCAGCAGCGGUGCUCGCCAACAGGCCGACGCCCCUGCGCAGGCGCGGCUCCAUGCGCCGCCACGCCUCCACCCCGGCGAUCGGGCAUUCCGCGGCGCCGCCCCCGCGGGACGAGGCGCUGGAGCAGAAGCCGACGAGCCUCAGGGUCGAGGCGCUGCGCUCGCUGGUGGCGGCGGCCGCGUUGCAGGAGGAGCCCUCCGAGGCGACGCCGGCGGAGCAGCAGCCAGGCUCGGGCAGGCGCUCGGGGCGCGGCCUGGAGAGCUCGGAGGCCCCAGGGCAGGCGGCGGCGCGCCCCUCGUCUGCGCGUCGGGCAAAGUCUGUCGGCGCGCUGGACUGGAAGGUGCUCCGCGACAGGAGCGCCAUCAUCCGGGCGUCAGCCCACGCGGGCUGCUGA